AUGAAGCAUGGCUACACUGAUGAACUUGAAAUCUUGUCAGCCUCACAGGUUGGUCUGGGGGAAGCAUUAUUAGAAGCAGAAACUAUUGAAGAACAAGAAUCUCCUGUUAACUGUUUUAGGAAAUUAUUUGUUUGUGAUGUCCUUCCUCUAAUAAUUAAUAACCAUGAUGUUCGAUUGCCUGCCAAUUUAUUAUAUAAGUACUUGAACAAAGCAGCUGAGUUUUAUAUCAAUUAUGUCACUCGGUCUGCUCAGAUAGAAAAUCAACAUCAAGGAACCCAAGAUACAUCUGAUUUAAUGUCACCUAGCAAACGUAGCUCUCAGAAAUAUGUGAUAGAAGGACUGACUGAAAAAUCAUCCCAAAUUGCAGACCCCUGGGAGAGGUUGUUUAAGAUUUUGAAUGUUGUUGGAAUGAGAUGUGAAUGGCAAAUGGAUAAUAAAGGAAGACGAAGCUAUGGUGAUAUAUUACAUAGAAUGAAGGAUCUUUGCAGAUACGUGAACAACUUUGAAAAUGAAGCACAUGCAAAAUAUAAAAACCAAGUGAUUUAUUCCACUAUGUUGGUCUUCUUUAAGAAUGCCUUUCAGUAUGUCAACAGCAUACAACCAUCUCUCUUCCAAGGUCCUAAUGCUCCAAGCCAGAUUCCAUUGGUUCUUCUUGAGGAUGUUUGGAAUGUAUAUGGCGAUGUAGAAGUCGAUCGUAAUAAACACAUACAUAAAAAGAGGAAACUAGCUGAGGGAAGAGAGAAAACCAUGAGUUCAGAUGACGAAGACUGUUCUGCAAAGGGAAGGAAUCGUCAUAUUGUGUUGAAUAAAGCAGAGCUUGCUAACUCAGUUGAAGUUCUAGAAAGUUUUAAAUUGGCCAGAGAGAGCUGGGAAUUGCUCUAUUCUUUAGAAUUCCUUGACAAAGAAUUUACAAGAAUUUGUUUGGCGUGGAAGACAGAUACUUGGCUUUGGUUAAGAAUCUUCCUUACAGAUAUGAUCAUCUAUCAGGGUCAGUAUAAAAAGGCAAUAGCCAGCUUGCAUCACCUAGCAGCUCUUCAAGGAUCCCUCCCUCAGCCACAGCUCACUGGGCAGGGGACCCUGGAACAUCAGAGAGCACUCAUCCAGCUAGCAACCUGCCACUUUGCUCUCGGGGAGUACAGAAUGAUGUGUGAAAAAGUCCUUGAUCUGAUGUGCUAUAUGGUACUUCCCAUUCAAGAUGGAAGCAGAUCACAGGAAGAACCAUCCAAAGUAAAGCCUAAAUUUAGAAAAGGUUCAGAUCUGAAGCUCCUGCCCUGCACCAGUAAGGCUAUUAUGCCAUACUGCCUGCACCUAAUGCUUGCUUGUUUUAAGCUUCGAGCUUUCACAGACAACAGGGAUGACAUGGCAUUGGGGCACGUGAUCGUACUGCUUCAACACGAGUGGCCGCGGGGAGAGAAUCUGUUCUUGAAAGCUGUCAAUAAGAUUUGCCAACAAGGAAAUUUCCAAUAUGAGAAUUUUUUUAAUUACGUUACAAAUAUUGAUAUGCUGGAGGAAUUCGCCUACUUAAGAACUCAGGAAGGUGGGAAAAUUCAUCUGGAAUUACUACCCAAUCAAGGAAUGCUCAUCAAGCACCACACAGUCACUCGGGGCAUCACCAAAGGCGUGAAGGAGGACUUCCGCCUGGCCAUGGAGCGCCAGGUGUCCCGCUGCGGGGAAAACUUGAUGGUGGUACUGCACAGGUUCUGCAUUAACGAGAAGAUCUUGCUGCUUCAGACUCUGACUUGACUGGAGACCUUUCUGCCAGAGAGCUUGGUGGUGUGUAAUCUUUCUUUGGAAAGCAUAAAGCAGUGGUGAAUGUUACUGUCAGAUCUCUUAAAAACAAGAAAACCAUCUGAAUUCCAACUCAUUGAUUCCUUACAAGUAGUUCCCAAGCGCCUAAGAAGCUAUUUCUAUUUUUCAGAGUCAUUUUUAAAGUAAUUUUUGUAAGACAAAACAAAAAAACCCACUUGUUUUGUAAAUAAAAACCACCUUAAAUU